GGGAACAAACGCAACACACACGCGGAACAAAAUGGAGGAUGAAAUAAGCAAGACAGAUCUUUGCCAAGAAGACCUCUCUUUUGCAGAACAGUUCAACCCUGAUGACAGUGAACAGGUGAAUGGGAAAACCAGGUCAAGAUCCCGGUCACCUCUUAAUCGGUCCAAAGACGGUAGCGGCGACAAGAAGCGUGAGAGGCGGGAUAGUAUGAGAGAUCGUGAUAGAAGGCGAGGUGGCGGCGGUAGUAGAUUUGAAGACAGAGAUCGUGGCCAGAGGAGAGACAACCGAGAUAGAAAUAAGACCAGACAACGAGGACCAAAUCGUGUAUUUAUUAGCAAUGUACCAUACGAGUUGAAAUGGCAAGAAAUAAAGGAUUUAUUCAGAGACAAAGUUGGUGAAGUUACAUAUGUAGAACUCUUUCUUGAUGAUGAAGGAAAAUCUAAGGGAUGUGGUGUUAUUGAGUUUAAAGACAAAGAAACUGUGGACAAAGCUGUUGAUACAAUGCAUAAACAUGAAUUGCGUGGACGAGGCAUUGUUGUAAAGGAGGAUACUGAUGGAAAAUUUAGCAACAAAUAUUCAAGGCAGGAUCGUAGAGACGGCAAUGGAAGAGGUGGUGGAAUGGGUGGUGGUGGAGGAAUGGGGGGCGGUGGUGGUUAUGGUGGCAUGCGAGGCGGCGGUGGAGGGGGAAAUGAUAUGAUGCUGAAUCCUCAGAUCCUCCAACAACUUGGCUUACAAAGGCAUGAAGUCUCCAAUACCAUAUUUGUAUCUAAUCUUGAUUACAAAGUAACGUGGCAGAAGCUGAAAGAUAUAUUUCGAAUGGCUGGCAAUGUGGUAAGGGCCGACAUCAAGACAGACAGAGAAGGAAAAAGUCGUGGUAUGGCUACUAUCCAGUUUGAUACACCGAUGGAAGCCGUACAAGCUCUGUCCAUGUUCAAUGGGCAGAAUCUAUUUGAAAGACCAAUGCGACUAAGAAUGGAUAAAUUGAAAGUCGAAGAUCAGGAUCUCGGCCCACCACUUCCAAGUGGUCUGAGUGGUAUUGGACCCACACUUGGAGAACUUGCGACUGUUGGUGGUAGCUCUAGCCAAAUGAGUAGCCUUGGUAUGGGCACUGGUGGAUUGGGCAGUAUGGGAGGAGGGGGAAUGGGCAUGGGUGGUGGUGGAAUGGGCAUGGGCGGCGGAGGCAUGGGCAUGAGCAGUGGAAUGGGCAUGGGAGGUGGUAUGGGUUCUGGUAUGGGAGGGAUGGGCGGUAUGGGAGGAGGUGGUAUGGGAGGAAUGGGUGGCACUGGACUAAGCGGCAUGGGAGGUAUGGGAGCGAGUGGAAUGGAUAUGAGUUCCAGCUUGGGAAUGGGCAGCUCUGGCGGCAUGGGAUUUGGCACUGAUUUGAGCAGUAUGGGUAAUUAUGGUAGCGGAGGUGGAUCCAACUACGGUGGUGGUUACGGCAGCGGUAUGGGUGGUGGUGGUGGUGGUGGAAGUGGUUAUGGCAGCAAUAUGGGCCUUGGAUUUGGUAGUGAUGAUGGCCAGGGAGGCAGGAAUAUGGACUCACAAAUUUUUGUAAGAAAUCUACCUUUCACGUACACAUGGCAGAUGCUUAAAGACAAGUUCCGAGAAUUUGGUCGUGUAAUGUAUGCUGAGAUAAAAAUGGAGAACGGACGAUCUAAAGGUUACGGCUCAGUGAGGUUUGAAUCUCCAGAAUCUGCCCGCACAGCUAUUAAUAUGAUGAAUGGUAGCGUACUAGAUGGACGUACAAUAUCAGUUCGAAUGGAUAAGGUGUAAUAUUCCGCACAUUCCUGCAUUGUCUUGCUGACACUUGUUGAUAUUCAUGGUUCUUGUAAAGGACUUUGUUUUCUUAUGAAUCCCUGCAAUGCCAACAUUGCUGAGAGUUGGUUUUGUCUGAACUGUUCAUAGGUUUUAUUCUCUUCAUCAUUUCUUUAGCAUUGUCAUUAUGUUAUGAUGGUUGAUCAGACAGAGUUGCGUUUCCGGUACCAUUUUCAAAGGUUAAAAGUAGAUGCACUUAUAUCAUGUAUAAAUAUGGGAACUGCCAGCUAUUUUUUUUAAACCUCUAUGUUGAUUCUGUCACAUGUAUAGUUUGUUUAUAGAGCAAUUUCUCACCUUGUGAUUGUUGUGAAAAGCAUAUUUUGGACUUUGACUCAUUGUUCAUCAGUUAGCAUUAUUCGCUCAUUUAAACACAGUGCUGUAAAGAAAAUCUUAGAAUAGUUGGCGUCAGUUGUUUUGAAGAACUGUACUGACCUUCUCAAUUGUUGUAAUGGAUGAAAUAAUUGUGAAGAUUUGUUACUGUGUUCAAAUUUUAAGCUUCACUCGCAGGUUUGUAAACUUGUGGAGAACAAUUGUCAAUUGACGACUUCAAGCUGCAGCUCCCGGACACUCUGUACAUCAGAACAGUUGGACUUCUGCUAUGAAUUGAACUGUACAUUCAUUGGUUGAGGUUUUUUUUUAUAGGAAUGUUCAUGCUUGAAUCAUGUAAUGUAUUGGUGAACAAUUUAGUUGCAUUGGUUAAUUCUUAAAGAAUCCAUUGUAUGCUUAUCGUUGAGGUCCAAAAUGUGACUGUUAAAAGUAAUGCUAUCGUAUACAAGGGGGUGGGAUGUGUACUGCUGCAGUUUUAAAGACUACCAUCUUGGAAUUGUGGACAAUUUGUUUAUUUUUCUCGUGAAUUUUGUAAGUCAGUGAUAUAUUUUUUUCAUGUUACUCCUAUUUCUUGUGAUUUUAAGAUUAUCAUGAUGGAUAAAUAAAAUUAGUACUGGUAUUUGUUGAAAAAAA